AUGGACAUCGAAUAAUAGGACGACAAUUGGAUGCCUCUCGAAUCCAAUCCUCAAGUGAUGAAUGAAUAAGCAAUCAAAUUUGGUAUUAAUGUUGAUGUAGCAUAAUUCCAUGAUUUAUUGGGAUUCGAAGAUUGGGCUUUUGAGAUGAUACCUGCACCUAUUUAUGGUGUGGUGUUUAAUUUUCCAAUCAAAGAGAACACAGAUCAAUUUGUAGAGCAAGAGGCAGCUCAAAUUCAAGAAAAAGGUUAACAUGUAUCUCCAAAUGUGUUCUAUAUGAAAUAAUUAGCCAAGAAUGCUUGUGGCACAAUUGCAAUGGUUCACGUUGCUCUCAAUGCUGACCCUGCUAUAAUUCAAGAGGGAAGUUAUUUGGCAGAGUUUAGAAAGAGUGUUUAAGGGAAGACUCCUUAAUAGAUCGGAGAGGCCUUCAAGUAGGCUAAGGAAUUGAAACAGGUUCACAAGGAGGCUGUGUAAUAAGGGGAAAGUGCUUGUUGUGAUGAGGUUGAUCGUCAUUUCGUAGCCUUUGUCCUUAAGGAAGGUGACAUCUAUGAAUUGGAUGGGUGCAAAUAAUUCCCAAUCAAUCAUGGCAAGUCGACCCCAGAAACAUUUUUGGCUGAUGUUUCCAAAGUCAUCCAAAAGUUCUUUGAAAGAGAUCCCAAUGAAGUCUCAUUUUCGACAGUUGUUUUAGCUAAGGCUCUAUAGGAAUGAGAAUGCAUUAAUAUAUUAAAAAUUGUUGUAUUGUUAUCAUUGCUACUC